AUGCGUUAUGCAAAAAGGAUACUAAAUACACUAAUUGAGAAAGCCGGUAAGCAGAGCAUGCCUAGGAUAACGCCAAUGCUUAUAUCGCUAGGGAUUGGAAUUGGAUUCCUUGGCAGGAGGAAAUGUUCGGAUGUGAGUGAUGGGACUUUAGCAGCUGGAUACAUAAGGAGAGCAGGGAAGCGUGUCUGGAGUGCAAUAUCUGGGGAGGAGGAUGCGGUUGCAACGAUUCCGAAGCAAGAGCAGAACAGACCUGCCCUGAUGUUUGAUAGUUCGACUCUUCUGUUGAACAAAAGGUUUUGGCCAUUCAGCAUGGACUUUUUUGUGUCAAGAAGAGCAUUUGCCGAUGUUUUUCUAUUCCAUGCAGCGCAUCUUUAUGAGCUGAUCCAUGUGUCUGAGUCAUCAACGCUGUUUGAUAGGAUGAUGAUGCACAAAAUGGAUCCGUAUGGAUGUAUUUCUUACAAGGUCUACUGCAGGGACAAAAAGAGGCUUGAAGGGAAGCAUCUGAAUAGGCCGUUGGAAAAGGUUGUGGUGAUAUGCACGAAGGACAAUGAGUAUCACUCUGACUUUUCACAGAAUGUUCUGAGGCUGAAUAGAUGGAACGGAGAGCCAGAGACAGGAUUGUUUGGAUUGCUGAACUUUUUGCACAGCUUAUACUUCUCAGGCAUAAAUGACUUUAGGCCAACAUUAAUGUCUUAUACAGGGAAAGAUUUUCAUAAGGCGUUUGAGGAAGUUCAGAAAGCGAUUUUUGUGGGCAGAAACAUGUUUUCAUGGAAUGCAGGAAGGAAGUACGAAGGAAGAGUUGAGGAAAUCAACAAGUGUAGGAUCAGGGAUUAUGACGAUGCAAGAAGGUUGAUGGACAAGGAUGUAAAGCACAUAGAUUCUAACGAAAGUGGAUUGCCUGGUUUUGGAUCGAUCCUGAGUCUUGCAGCCAGAGUGUUUUUUUCAUGA